GUGUGUCUGAGGUAAAAAAAAAAUUAAGUUUAUUUGUAAUGAAAUCAGUUUAGUUCACAAGCACAUCUGUGCUGAUUUGACAACUGUGUUACAACUGCAUUGAAAUAAGCUAACAACUGAUCAUCACUUCUACCACUUUGCCAUUUUCCAUUAGCCAACAUUUUAUUUGCCUCAUAUUUUUUGCUUUUUUCUCUGGCUGUUAACCACACAUAAAGAGGAAAACUGAUUUCUGCUUUUGAAACAUGUCACAGAAUUGACACGUGAUUUUUUUUCCAGCUAGUUAGAUCAUAGGCCAUUUGUAACUGAUAUCUGAUGCAGAAACAAACACACUAUUAAUUUAUGAAUCUGUUAAAAUAAACAUAUACAAAUAUGUCUUCGUUAUUUUUUGCAGAUUUCUGAGCAGUGGUGAUUCGUUAACAACAAUAGGAGCCAGUUUUCGCCUUGGAAUUUCAACUGUAGCACAGAUAGUCAGAGAGACCUGCACAGCAAUCUGGGAGGUCAUGAAGCAAUCUCACAUGCCAUCUCCAACAGAAGAGAUGUGGUUGAACACUGCCAGGAGGUUUGAAGGGCGGUGGAAUUUCCCCCACUGCAUAGGUGCAUUGGAUGGAAAGCAUAUUGUUAUCCAGGCUCCUUCUAACUCUGGCUCCCAGUUCUUCAACUACAAGGGCACCUUCUCUAUUGUGCUGCUAGCACUUGUGGAUGCAGAUUACAAAUUUCUUGCUGUUGAUGUUGGAGGUUUUGGCAGCAACAGUGAUGGGGGCAUCUUUGCCAACUCUCGCCUUGGCAAAGCCCUGCAGUCAGGUGACCUUCAUGUCCCAUCAGCCUCUCCUCUCCUUGCUGCACCUGACCUGGGACCAGUACCUUAUGUGGUUGUAGCUGAUGAGGCCUUUCCCAUGAAGCCUUACCUUCUUCAGCCAUAUCCAGGCCGUCGCCUUCAGGAGGAUUUAAGAGUCUUCAAUUACCGCCUCUCCAGAGCCCGUCAAGUUGUGGAAAACGCUUUUGGUAUCCUCACUCAACGCUGUUUGGAUGUGCUGAGUCACAUAGCCAGAGUCAAGAGUCAGAAAGAUUGGAACAGUCUAUAA